CCUGCUGUCCAGCCUGGCUGCCCGGCUGGAGCUGCUGGCGGAGGAGGCGGGGCGGGGGGCAGCAGAGGAGGAGGUGGAGGGGGAGAAUGAGGCGGGGCGAGCGGGGGCGGCUGAGGUGCCGGCGCACCCGCUGAUGUGCUCGGCGGCGCAGCUGGCGGGCGGCUGCCAUGUGGCGCUGCCUCGGCGGGUGCUGAUGCCAUGGCUGGGUGGCGGUCUGGCGCUGUGUGACUACCUGGGUGAGGGGGAGCCGGCGGAGGCGGCGGCGGAGCGGGCAGGGGACUUGCUGGACAUGCAGGGGGCGCAGGUACACGAGCUGGAGCAGGCGCCUG